AUGGAUCAGUUGAAGGGGGAUUUGGCUGCUACAGCCAAUUUUCUCCAGUCCAUGACUGCACUCCCGAACUACGACAGUGUUAGAGAGGUGCAAGCACAAGCCCUUUGCCAGCGAGUGAAGAACCUUGCCUCCGUGGAUGCAAAUGGAGCCUCAGCCCUGCUGGCUGCAUGGACUGCAGGAAAGCAAUGGACUUCUCAACAAACAAAGGAGUUCAGUGAUCUCUUGGCUGGAGCAGUAGCUAGAACCAACACCGGGACAGGUCAGGGUGGCAAGAGAGCUACUCAGAAAGUUGAUGCUUUCGAACCUUACCUGUCCGUCAAAGAUAUCCAGGCUUUGGAAGCUGGUGACAACAUCCACGUGAAGUUGGAUGUCUUGGCAUGCCGGUGCAUCAAGCUGAGGCUCACCUGCCCAUCUGAGGCUUGCUGCAAAGCGAUCUUGGCAGCUGGCUUGGCCAGGGCAGGCGGUGAUGUGGGGGCGGUUGACAGCUAUGCCAACAAGCAGUUGUUCAAGAAAAUGCUGAAAAGCAAAGCCAAAGGCUUGCCCAAGAAUGGCUUUCACCUCGAGCAUUAUCCAGCAUCGCCAGACAAUCUGCCCCCUGAGCUCGCCGAUGCAUACUUUCAAGAGGAUCCUGCAUGCACUGUGCAGAUGCAAUCUCCCGACAGGGUGCAGGCAGCAUCAUCUGCAAUCGUGUUGAGAGGGAGCUCGAAGAAGCUUCGUGGUGGAAACAUGAUGGGUGCCGGUGGCAUGCAGAGCUGGCCUGCAGUGUGUGCAAGUGGCAACAACAACCCCAUGAACAUGCAAUUCAACAUGGGCCUGCAAGGCAUGCAGCCCGGGAUGACGAUGAUGGGUAUGAUGAACACCAUGAACAACAUGAUGCAGAGGCUCAUGCAGGACCAGAAUAAGCAGCAGCAGGACCCGAUCCCGAACAUGCAGUACUUCGCACCCGGUGGAGGUCAAGCGGGGGCAACCACCAUGGGCCAGGGGCCUGCAGCAGGAACCCAGGCACCUGCAGCAGCAACCCAGCAGGCACCCGCAGGGGCAUCUGCAUCGGUCCAGCAAACAGCACUUGUGGCGGCAACGAAUGCAUCAGCUGGUGUCUCGCCGGCAGUGCAGCUGGAGAUGAGUGAUCCUGAAAACGACGAGGCCGACGAGGCAGAAGUGUUGAGGCAGGCUGGGCUCGUUGCAGAUGCAGUCAACAAGAAGAAGGGGAUUCUUAAGAAGCCUGCAGGCUUGCCCAAGGCAAAGGCAAAGGCCAAAGCCCAUGCCAAAGCAAAGGCAGCCAGUAAGGCCAGUGCCAAGGCCAGUGCCAAGGCCAGUGCAAAGGCCGUUGCAAAGGCCAGUGCAAAGGCCAGUGCAAAGGCCAAAGCCGCCCCGGCCGGUAGCAGAGAAUACUAUGCCAAUCUUUCCAUGAAGAAAAGGGGCAUUUUGCUCGCGGGCAGCCAUCUUUAUAAUCUAUGUCGCUCGCUACCAUCGGCAGAAAGCACUAUGUGGGCCAGAGUGCACUGGAGGCAGUUGCCCAUCCUCAACCUGAUGGCAUGGAUAUGGCAUGUUUGCCAGUCCAUGCCUGGUGUAGCUGCCUUUUUCCAAAGGCAGCUAUCGAAGUACCCGUGCACAGCAACCAGCCCAUGGCGCAUGGCUUUAUACAAUGAUGAGAUUAGUCCUGGCAACCAACUAAAAGCCAGCAACACCAGGAAGAUCCAAGGGUACUACCUCAGUUUUCUCGAGUUUGACGCCGAAGGCCGAUGCCAAGAAAACCUUUGGUUCCCUUUGAACUUGACUCGGUCUUCGGUGGUCAACAAGAUCCAGGGCGGGCUGUCUGCACUCACCCACAUUCUGGUCUCCUCGGAAUCGUUCCUGAACCUCCAGUCGGGCUGUUUGCUGAACAUGCCAACUGGGGAACGGGUCAUGUUCUUCGCGAAACUGCAUACUGUAGUUGCAGACGAGGCAGCUUUGAAAUCUAUGUACGACUUCAAGGGCUCCAGUGGGACUUUGGUUUGCCCGCUAUGUGCCAACAUAACAAGCAAGACCCACGGUGAUCUGCCGGCAAAUGACCACUCGGGAGAAUUGCAUGACAUAUCAUGCAUCGACAGCAAUCUGUUUGUCCGCAGAACCGACAAUCAGAUCUUCACUGCACAGGCACUGUUGGCGAGAAGGCAACCCAUCCUGAGCAAGAAGGAUUUUUCCUUGCUCGAGUCCAGCAUGGGCUUGAACUUCAACCCAUGUGGAGUGCUUGCUCACAAAAGCAUGCCGCUUGUGAAAUGCUUGAUGUGGGAUUGGAUGCAUUGUUAUGUGGUAAGCGGCCUCCUGCACGUGGAAUUGAGCUUACUCUUGCCACUCUUGCAUGUGCAGGGUGCAACAUUUCAGGUGAUCCAGAGCUUUAUCUCAGAGUACGAAUGGCCUCACAACCUGAAGAACCGGAGAAGAGAAAUCUUGCAUUUGUUCGACAAAAGGAGCAAACCUUCUGAGUUCAAGGCCGGUGCUUCGCAGUGCAUCACUGUCUAUCCCUUGCUGCGGCUUUUCUUGCUGACUCAUCACUUUGACACAAUGGACGACGAACUUCGGCGAUGCAUCAGGUCCUUUAUGAAGAUUUGUAUGGUUCUCGACCUCCUGCUUGAAUGCAAUCGGACUGGGAACCUGUCGCCGGACGAGCUCGAGAAUGCGAUUCGGGCCCAUAGCCAAGCUUUCCUUAAAGCAUAUGGAGAGCAGCACUGUAUACCGAAGUUCCACUAUAGCCUCCAUCUUCCCCUGAUGGCUCGAGACAGGCCUCUGAUUUCCUGUUUUACACACGAACGAAAGCAUCGGCAAGUGAAGCAGUUUGCUGACAACACGAAGAAAGUGACCGACUGGUUCGAAGCUUCACUCUUUAAAGAUGUUUUGGGCAGGGCUCUUCUGGAUCUGUCUGAGCAUGCUGGCUUCAUGCGGCCCCAUUUGAAGUCCCCCAAGUCUGUCACUGAUGGCACUUUGCUGUGGCACCUGGGGCAGACAUUCGGGUUUCAGACUCUUGAGCAUGUGCAGUCGGCCAUGCAGGCCGAGGUCUGCCCAGGACAGACUUGCGAGAGGGGUGACCUGGUGCUGCUUAAGACGGGGUCCGUUGCAGAGGUGUGGUUGUUUUGCCGGUUGCAGCAUGGCGAGCUCCUGGCUCUGUUGAGUGUGCUUGAGCCACAAGGGAAGAAUCUCUUCCGGGUCAAGCAGGACGGAGCCCAGUUCAUGCGAGUGGCCGAGAUCAGUCGAACCUGCCUCUUCAAACGCAUGAGUGCAGACAGCAUGCUGGUCGUGCCAUAA